UGUUUGGCAGAGACCUUGGUGCACUCUACACUCGAACCAUGUAAUGAUGCAGAUUUUACAUUCUCUGUUAAUUUUAACAUGAAAGAGCACACAAUAUAUGUCCGAUGCCGUCCUCAUCUUAGAGAUUUCCUGGAGAGAGUAUCUGGAAUUUUCGAGGUAAUUAUAUUUACAGCGAGUCAAAGCAUCUAUGCAGAGCAGCUUUUAAAUGUCUUGGACCCCAAGAGGAAAAUCUUUCGCCAUCGCAUUUUUCGUGAUUCCUGUGUCUUUGUUGAUGGAAAUUAUCUAAAAGACCUAUCAGUUCUUGGUCGUGACUUGUCGUGUGUCAUUAUAAUUGACAAUUCACCUCAGGCUUUUGGUUUCCAAGUUGACAAUGGAAUACCAAUUGAAAGCUGGUUUGAUGAUCGUACCGAUUCAGAACUGUUAUUGCUGCUCCCCUUCUUGGAAAGCUUAGUUGGAGCUCAAGACGUACGGCCCCUAAUCGCCAAGAAAUACAAUCUCCGAGAGAAAAUAGCCACAGCAGUCCCCCCUUUAGAGUACAAUGAAAGAGGCCCGUUGUAGAGAUGAGGAUCGAUGUUUAUUCAUACUUGCUUCUCCGUUGCGGAGAUGAGGAUCGAUGUUUAUUCAUACUUGCUUCUCCGUUUACUUGUCCCAAGCAGUAGAAGUGAUAAAAGAACCACACACAGGUAAAAGCAGUGUGAUCUCAAUCUCAAGGUGUUUGAGGACUGCAGACGUUGACCGGAAAUGGAAAUGAAUAAUUAAGUUUAUACAAGUCACUUUUCAAACAAUUGAUUUAUUUGCUUCA